AUGGCUCACAACAAUUGGCUCGGCAAGGGAAAUGAUAGUUAUCACUUGAUCUCUCCAACUACCCCAAACUCGGACAUUAGUACUGGCAACUUAUCAUCGGUCGCACCUCCCACCGCCCCAAGAAGUCGAUAUUGGGCGCGAACAUUCAUUCUUCUUCUUGUACCCCUCAGCAUUUCGGGUUACUACUACUGGAUAUGGUUAUACCUUCUGUCCUGGCCCCACGACGACGCAAUCAAGUUUGGAUCAGCAACCGAGAUUUGGGUGUACUGCUCUUGGUUCAUCAUCGGCGUCUUUGCCCUGGAAUGGUCUAAGCAUGGCCUCAUCGGGGUUGAAGUUGCUAUGCUAGAGACGAAGACGUUUGGCGCUCCUCACCUGGUCGCACUGUUGAGCCACAGCGAAGGAACCUGGGGCGGGCCCGGAGGCUGGUUCAAAUGCAUCACAAAAGCGUUCAAACAUAAUCAAAGCGGAAUCAAGACCAGUGUGGGUGUUUCUCUAAGAACCUACAAACUCUGGUAUAUUCUUGCCUUCAUCAGCCUAUCUUUGUACGUCGGAAUGCCCCUCUCUGGUCUAGCCAUGGAGCUAUCCGAUGGAUACGUUCGUCUUAACGAGGCUCCUAUGGUAGUCGGCCGUAAUUCGACAACCUUUCACGAGAGAUACAGGUUAUCCAACCAGAUCACCAAUGCGGCCCAGACUGCAUGGGAAAUGGGAUCUCCAGCAACGCUACCUGGGAUUGGAAUUAUAUAUACCCCAGACUACUUCGACCGCGAGGGUCACAAUUCUUUAGGCAAGAGUCCAAAUCUUCUUCCGACUGAACGAGGGAUUCCUGAGAUGUUCAUCGUUCCACAGGCGCUUGGUCCGAUUUCUGGCCGAUCGUGGGGCCUUCGAGUAGGAUACGAUUGUUCAAUCAUUCAAGAUAUUUCGGAUUUCACUAUUCUCGGUCACCAUAAGGGAGGGCGUUGCAACGCCUUCCAAUCAAACUCAUCAGGGGCCUGUGCCACAGCUGGAAUGUUUUCCGAAGUCACCAACCAAUCAAGAACCACUCACUUCUACUCUACUAUCGACCAAGCCAACAUUCUUGAAUGGGCUGUCUGGCAGGUAAGAACCAAGGCUGCCUAUGUCGAAGUCAAAAACUUCGACAAUAACACCGGCUCUAUUGUCCAAGGCAUCGGAUCCCCUUUCAUGGAAGUUAGCAACGGGUCCUGGGUCCCAAAUACGACAUUUUUCGACCAUAAGGAGUAUGCUGCCUUUAACAACGUGUCGAAGGAUGUACUAGACAGGAUAAUAAGUAGGAGCGAGGAUACCAUCGAGGUUGCUGCUGCCAUCGGGGUCCGUUGUGUCGUCAGAUCAGUGCUCGGCUCUGCAAUGAUCCAUGCAGAAACAUCCAGCUUUUCCGACUUCAAAAUUGAAGAUCCGACUCCGUAUGGAAAAGUAAAUGCGGAAGGACCAAUGAGCCGGCUAGGCACCAAUGUGGAGGCAGUGGUAACAACGGCCAGUUUCGAGGCCAUUUUCAAGUCAAUCAACGUCCGGGCCAUGACCACCGAGUCCAACUCAGUUCAAGUUUCCAAAUUUGUAAGCUCAAGGGAACUGCAGAAGUCGGCCUACUUGGCAUGGGGCCACGAGGUUCUCAACCAAAUGUACGACAACUAUUACGGUUUCGAAACUAGCUGGCCCGACGCAAACUUGACUUCGUCCAAGAAAGGCAAAGUCUUGACGAAGGGGGAGCUCCCACCUGGCGCCGAGAUGACUUCUCCAACCAACCAAGAAAGCCCAAAGCUAUUCGAACUGCCAUGGGAGAUCAGGGAACGCAUCUACGAGUACUACCUCUCAUUCGACCAUGACGACUUCGGGGACACCCUCCGGCCUCUGCAUCUUUACAUCGAGCAGGGAGGUUACUCAAAACCAAUCCCUCCACUGAUGCUCACAUCCAAGCGCGCUUAUCGAGAGCUCCAUCAGCGAGUCCAUUCGGAUGCCGUCAUGCGGGUGCACACAGCGGGCUGGGGCGACCGGCGCAUCGGCUUCGCCGUGCAUGGGAAGCUACGCUUUGAACGCCUGCGCCGGUUGUAUGUGCUCGUCGCCAUGGAGUAUCCCAACUGGAAUCGUUGGCUAGGCAUGCUCGGCGAAGUUACGCGGCGGGCAACGAAUCUGAAUGAGUUGGUCGUCGAUUGGGAGCCGAGGCCGAGCAGCGUCAACACCAAGGUGUGGGAGGCAAAGCUGACGGAGAGGAAACAUGACGAAUUCUUUAGAAUUGUCUCAGAUUUGAAGAAUCUUCAAGUGGUCAGAUUUCAUGGCGAUAUGCCAGCAGGAUGGAGGGAUCGAUUCGCGAGGGAAACUUCAGCUAGGCUGGUUUUAUACAAGUCAAAAUGGUGGAAAGAGCCGGGAAUGGAAUAG